CCAAGCUUGUCGUCAUGGGUUCCGAACAGAGCGGCGUUUAUUGCACGCUGCUGUUGAGCGAUAACUAUUUGCCCGGUGCUAUGGUACUGGCGCAUUCGUUGCGCGAUAAUGGAACAUCAGCAAAGCUGGUUGCGCUCUUUACACCAAACACACUGAGGUCAGAGACGGUCAAUGAGCUUCGGACGGUCUACGACGAACUCAUCCCGGUCCAUUCAAUCGUGAAUGGCAAACCCGCAAACCUAUGGCUAAUGGACCGACCCGAUCUGAUUGCGACCUUCACAAAAAUCGAGCUUUGGCGCCUCACACAGUACGAGCGGAUCGUCUAUAUCGACUGUGACGUCGUGUCUCUUCGUGCACCAGACGAGCUCUUCUCACUGGACGAGAACUUUGCCGCCGCGCCCGAUGUAGGCUGGCCAGAUUGUUUUAAUAGUGGGCUCAUGGUUCUUCGCCCUAAUAUGCAGGACUAUUAUUCUCUGAAGGCACUGGCUGAACGCGGCAUUAGCUUUGAUGGAGCCGAUCAAGGAUUGUUGAACAUGCACUUCCGAGAUUGGCAUAGGCUGAGCUUCACGUAUAACUGCACGCCCAGUGCAAACUAUCAGUACAUCCCUGCAUACAAGCAUUUUCAGAGUACGAUCAGCUUGAUUCACUUCAUUGGUUCGCAAAAGCCGUGGAACAUGCCCCGGCAGGUAGUUCCGCUUGACUCGCCAUACAACCAGCUACUGAACAAGUGGUGGUCGGUCUAUGAUAGACAUUAUCACUCGCCCUUUGUUUCCUACUCGCAAUCAAAAAGCGCUCCACAGGCUUCACAAGGUUCGGGCUAUCCACAGGCUACUCAUUCUGCAGACCAGUCAGAAUCACUCAGAACCCAUCAUGAUCAUGAGCAUUGGCCAGAACCUCAUCAUUUCCCCCAUGCCGAGAAUCACAAUGUGCCUGGUCAGGUAUUAUCGGAGGCUAUGCAAGCGCAUAAUGAACAGCAGCACCAUGGCCACCAUGCAGCGACCCAGGAUUCUAUUGCGACCCAGAUGCCAGUCUUGAGUGCAGUUCCGCAGUAUGUUCGCGGAGAAGAACAGUAUUCGACGUUCAUACCGCCCGUUCCCUAUGCUCCCGCGCCGGUAAUUCAUGGGCACCAUGAAUCCUACGAAGCUCACCCAGAAGCCCAGCAAACGCAGCAUGAUCAUGAUCAGCACCACGAUCAGCACCACGAUCAACAACACGAUCAACAACACGAUCAGCACCACGAUCACCAGCAUCCCCAUCAGCAGCAGCACCACCACCACGAUCACCAGCACCAACACUCCCAAUCGUCUGACCAAGCUGAAGCUCACAUCCAUCACCCUCAACCCGUUUCACCUUCCGCAGUGGUGCAGAAUUGGCAACAAGCCCCCUCGCCUGAGCCAGAACAUUUCCAGGCGCCAAAGGCAGAAUGGGAUGCCUCCCGAGAACCACCACCGCUCAAUACUAGGCCCGAAGGUAUUAGCCUGGAGCAGAAGACAUACACUAUGUCCGAGGACACCGCGCUGUUUCAACCACCUCCAUCGUAUCCUGAAGCCCCCAAAAACAUGUACUACCAAGUCCCCGAAUCCAAGCCCGAGCCCGAAAGGGUUACAAAGAUCUUCCCUUGGGAAAAUCACGCGCCCAAGCCGACCAGAGUCUUCACAGAGCCAUCUGUUCCUCGUUCACCGUCUCCAGAACCGCCCAUACCUAUGCUUUCGCAACAGGCUGACCCUAUUCCUCUUGAACCGGCUCAAUCCGAAUCCACUCAAUUCGAACCUCAGCCUUUCCCACCCCAAGCAGCAUUCGAGCCUUCUGCACAAACCUACGAACAAUACUCUCGUUCCAAUGCCUGGGACGAAGACCUGGAAAUUCAGCGCUACAUGGAUUCCCUUCAACAAACUCGCCGGGGAAAGCCUCAGGUAAUAUCAGGCUCUGUGGAGGCUGACUCAAGCCAUAGCCGGAGUACCAGUAUGAGCACAAGCAACUUCUCAACAGCUUCCACAGCCACUACAGUCGGUACAUCCGCUGGACACCGACCAGGCAUGAAACUGACCGAUUUCCCCACGGAAGUCGAACGGCCAAGUCUCCCGGUGACACCGGCGCCGAUCCAUCGAAUGCGGGGCCUGGAGAGCGACGACGAUACAUCCACCCUACCUGCCGCAGAGGGAGUUCCAAACCAGGAAGAAUGGGUGGGUGUCACGGUUGAUGCGUUCUCUCACCUCCUCCGGGCCACUUACUUAUUAUGGCGAUCUACAGAACCCCCUGAUGCAGCUCGAAGAGCUCCGCCGUCGACAGUCCGCAGCUUGGGAGGAUCAAGAAGUCUUUUCUAG